AUGGAAGGUGGCAGCAUAGCAUAUUUGUCUUCAGCAAAGCGGAAGUUUGCAGAUUCCUUAAAUGAAUUUAAAUUUCAGUGUAUAGGAGAUGCAGAAACAGAUGAUGAGAUGUGUAUAGCGAGAUCUUUGCAAGAAUUUGCCACUGUUCUCAGGAAUCUUGAAGAUGAGCGGAGUCGCAUGAUUGAGAAUGCCAGCGAGGUGCUCAUCACGCCCUUGGAGAAGUUUCGAAAGGAACAGAUUGGGGCUGCCAGGGAAGCCAAAAAGAAGUAUGACAAAGAGACAGAGAAGUAUUGUGGCAUCUUAGAAAAGCAUUUGAAUUUGUCUUCCAAAAAGAAGGAAUCCCAGCUUCAGGAGGCAGACAGCCAAGUGGACCUGGUUCGGCAGCAUUUCUAUGAAGUGUCUCUGGAGUAUGUCUUUAAGGUGCAGGAAGUCCAAGAGAGAAAGAUGUUUGAGUUUGUGGAGCCCCUCCUGGCCUUCCUGCAAGGACUCUUCACUUUCUAUCACCAUGGUUAUGAGCUGGCCAAGGACUUUGGUGACUUUAAGACACAGUUGACCAUCAGCAUACAAAAUACAAGAAACCGCUUCGAAGGAACCAGGUCUGAAGUGGAAUCGCUGAUGAAGAAGAUGAAGGAAAACCCCCUUGAGCACAAGACCAUCAGCCCCUACACCAUGGAAGGGUACCUCUAUGUGCAGGAGAAACGUCACUUUGGAACUUCUUGGGUGAAGCACUACUGUACAUACCAACGGGACUCCAAACAAAUCACCAUGGUUCCAUUUGACCAAAAGUCAGGAGGAAAGGGGGGAGAAGAUGAGUCCAUCACUCUCAAAUCCUGCACUCGGCGGAAGACAGACUCCAUCGAGAAGAGAUUUUGCUUUGAUGUGGAAGCAGUAGACAGGUCAGGGGUUAUCACCAUGCAGGCGUUGUCGGAAGAGGACCGUAGGCUCUGGAUGGAAGCCAUGGAUGGCCGGGAACCUGUCUACAACUCAAACAAAGACAGCCAGAAUGAAGGAACUGCACAGUUGGACAGCAUUGGCUUCAGCAUAAUAAGGAAAUGCAUCCAUGCAGUGGAAACCAGAGGGAUCAAUGAACAAGGACUCUACCGAAUCGUGGGGGUCAACUCCAGAGUGCAGAAGUUGCUGAGUGUCUUGAUGGAUCCCAAAGCAGCCUCGGAGACAGAAACUGAUAUCUGUGCAGAAUGGGAGAUAAAGACUGUCACUAGUGCUCUGAAGACCUACCUGAGAAUGCUUCCAGGACCACUCAUGAUGUACCAGUUUCAAAGAAGUUUCAUCAAAGCAGCAAAGCUGGAAAACCAAGAAACCCGAGUGUCUGAGAUCCACAGCCUGGUCCAUCGGCUCCCAGAGAAGAACCGGCAGAUGUUGCAGCUGCUCAUGAACCACCUGGCGAAUGUCGCCAACAACCACAAGCAGAAUUUGAUGACUGUGGCAAACCUUGGCGUGGUGUUUGGACCCACCUUGCUGCGGCCUCAGGAAGAAACAGUGGCAGCCAUCAUGGACAUCAAGUUUCAGAACAUUGUCAUUGAGAUUUUAAUAGAGAACCAUGAAAAGAUAUUCAACACCGUGCCUGAUGUGCCCCUCACCAAUGCCCAGCUACACCUGUCCCGGAAGAAAAGCAGUGACUCCAAGCCUCCAUCCUGCAGUGAGAGGCCCCUGACGCUCUUCCAUGCUAUGCCGUCCACAGAAAAACAGGAGCAAAGGAACAGCAUCAUCAACUCCAGUUUGGAAUCAGUCUCCUCAAGUGCAAACAGCAUCCUUAAUUCUAGCAGCAGCCUGCAGCCCAAUAUGAACUCCAGUGACCCAAACCUGGAUGUAGUCAAACCUACUCGGCCCAACUCACUCCCCCCGAAUCCAAGCCCAACUUCACCCCUCUCGCCAUCAUGGCCCAUGUUCUCGGCGCCAUCCAGCCCUAUGCCCACCUCAUCCACGUCCAGCGACUCAUCCCCCGUCAGCACACCGUUCCGGAAGGCAAAGGCCUUGUAUGCCUGCAAAGCUGAACACGACUCUGAGCUCUCCUUCACGGCAGGCACCGUCUUUGAUAAUGUUCAUCCAUCUCAGGAGCCUGGCUGGUUGGAGGGGACUCUGAAUGGAAAGACUGGCCUCAUCCCAGAGAACUACGUGGAGUUCCUCUAACCUCAAGCCCAGGCAGAGCUGCUGAGCUUUACGUGGUCUCCAUGACAACUGCUGAUUCUGGUGUUGUGGGCCACUUUUCAUUACCACUGAGAAAGCAGAGAGCCUGAUUGUUGCUUCCUGCCAACAUGAAUGCAUCUGGGAACUUGUGUCACGUCUCUCCAUGAUCAUCUCAGCUGACAGCACCACAGUGAUGCUGCAAGAACUGAAAGUCAAUGGGCAGAGGAGGCCAUUUGAUUUCCAUAACCCAGAGGAAGUCCUGCAAAGCUGUUUUCUCGUGAGUGCCCUAAAUAGCAAGCCCCGAUUUCAUUUCAACAGUCAUCCAAACGCACAGGCUUCUGAAAGGAGGAAACAGGAUGAGAAUAGUGCUACAGAAAGUGUAGCGUUGCUGAGCUGGACAAGGCAAGGCAAAGAAACCAAGAUGCAGGCUGCCUCUACUGCUGUGUUUACAGCGGGCCCUCCUUCUCUCUCCUUCCUUCUCCCAGAGACACAGUGCUGCAGGCAGCUGGACCUGUCGGCAAGCACACAGGAUGGAGAGGUUGCCCCAUUGUUUGUGUAAGGUCCAAUCUCUCACCAUCUCUUGAGCAGCUGUUGGCCUAUAAUCAGCAGAAUUCAGUCCAGCCCUCUCAUGCAAAGCAGCACAUGACGCUCACGUUCUCUGCCACUGAAGGCUUCCAUCACUGCCAUCACCUAGUAACCAUAGCAACCCAAUCUACUCUAAAACUAAGCCAAAAAUAAUACUUCUCUUUGUAUGACACCCCCCUCCACCAGCUCUGGUGGUUUUUUUUUAGAAUGGUCUUCCAACAAUCUAAAACAAAGAUUAGACCAUUAGGGCGGUCUGUCUGAGGCAGACAGGACAACAACUAGGGACUGUUUCUUUUCUUGUAUAUGUUAGCAUCAUCAGGAGAGGUUUGGAGAAAAAUCUAGGAACCUGUUGAGAUUAAACCCAAACACAGUCAGUACUUAUGUUCUUCAUGCAAUGAGUUCUUGCUUCAGAGGGCAAGAUGCUGCCUCCCUCUGGGCAUCUGGCGGGUCCCCUCCUGUCCCCACUCUCCCUGCUGCCUGUCUUUGCCCUUGCCAAUGACACAAAACAGCUCCCUAGAAUGUUUUUGCUACUGAGGUCCAAUGGAAUUGAGAGAUGAUUUUUGGGCCAAAUCUGUAGCCUGAAUUUUAAAAGGACAUCUGUAUUCACUGCCACCCAGAAAAAGAGGGAAUCAUUAACUAGUUGUCCAGGCAUGAGACUAAUAUAGACUAAGAAUCUGGAGGACGCCAGAUGUUGAGGCCUGGAGGCUAGGGAGGAUGCCUUCUAGGAGAGGGAAUUCCUGAUUAAAAGGCACUGGGUUUAUCUGUUGUGCAUGGGAGACUACCUGGACAUCUCAACAUCACGUGACCUCCAAAGAACAGAAUCAUGGUAUCUUCAUACGUGAAUGCCCUUACACUAGAAGGACUCUGGACAGACAAACUGCCACACUCUCCAGGAGCCCCUUGGAUGGCAGUGUUGCUCCAGCGUGUCUUUGGCUCUGGAAUUCCCUUAGGGUUCUUAAAUGAAGAAAAGAAAAACUUGAAUUGUGUUGAAUUACUGUAUCUUUUGCUUUUUUUAAAGAUAAAUGUGUAAAUAGAAUGAUUUGGAAUAUUAUAUGGUAAAGUUUUAUAUUUGAUAUUCUUUAAGCUAGUUGCUCCAUACAUUUAGUCUUUUGAUUGCUGAACAAAUGUGUUUAAAAGGGUACAAGAGAGGCAGGGUUGAUGAAUCAUGGUCACGUCCCCUCUCUGGCCCAGUGAAAGAAUGUUUCCUUAUGGUUCUUGUCGGUAAGCCUGAAAAGUUCAUUGUAUUCAGUUUUCUGUAUCUAUGUGUGAUUCCAGGCUUCAGAGUUUAAAAAGUUUUUCAGGUGAUGAAUUUUCAAAGAACUCCCAUCUAACAGUAAAGUGA